AUGGCUGCCGUUCCCGCUGCCAGAGAAGUCCCGCUGGACCCUAAAUACGAUCACUACGAUUUUCCCACUGUCUCCCCCACGGCUCAGAGCGGGCAUCCUGGCCAUACCACGGCCGAGCAAGAUGCCCAGAUCUUCCAGCUACGCAGCGCCCUCGAGGCUGCUGGUCACACCAAGAACCUCGACACAUUGACAUUGCUGCGAUUCCUCCGCGCGCGCAAGUUCAACGUUGAGCUCUCCAAGGAAAUGUUUAUCAACAGCGAGAAGUGGCGGGCCGAGUAUGCUGGCGUCGGUGUCGAGGAGCUGGUUCGCACUUUUGACUACAAGGAGCGGCCCCAGGUAUUCGAGUACUACCCCCAGUACUACCACAAGACGGACAAGGUAUGUCCAACUACAUGCAACAUUGUCGAGAAGGAAGACGAUGCUAACAAACCCCCAGGAUGGGCCGCCCAUCGACCUCACCGCCGCCUCGGCAAGAUCACCUCCCAAGAACGCAUGAUCCAGAACCUCGUCUGCGAAUACGAGAAGAUGGCCGACCCCCGUCUUCCUGCCUGCUCCCGCAAGUCGGGCUACCUCCUCGAAACCUCAUGCUCUAUCCUCGACUUGAAGGGCGUCGGCAUCUCCAAGGCAUCUUCCGUCUACGGCUACCUGCAGUCUGUGUCUGCUAUCAGCCAGAACUACUACCCUGAGCGCCUGGGCAAGAUGUACGUCAUCAACGCACCCUGGGGCUUCUCCGCCGUCUUCAACUUCGUCAAGAAGUUCCUCGACCCCGUCACAAGCGCAAAGAUCCACAUCCUGGGCAGCGGAUACGAGAAGGAGCUUUUGGGUCAGAUUCCCGCCGAGAACCUGCCAAAGCAGUUUGGUGGAUCGUGCGAGUGCGCCGGUGGAUGUCAGCUCAGCGACGCCGGCCCGUGGUGGGACAAGGAGUGGGCCAGGGAGCCCAAGUGGGCGAAGAAGGACAACGCCGAUGCCAUCGACAACACCCAGCUUCCCCCUCCGACAGAAGGCGGCAACGCCCAAGUGCCUGUUGUUGCUGACCCUGCGGCUGCGCCAGCUGUUGCUCCCGCACCACAGCCCCAGGUCUGAGUUACGGAGCGAUCUAAAAGGAGUGGCGGCGUUGAGGAGUAGUAGCUAAAGAGAAUGAGAUGGCAUUGAAG